CUUAAGACUUCAAGCAUGCUGAUUUUUCUAGCACAUCCCAAAGAUAAUAGGGCAACAGCUCCUAGAUGCGGUUCUGCGACGUCACUUAGAGAAGUUCUUUUGUUCUGUCGGAUGAACUUCUGCGCUGGUUCAAACUUCAGGUAGUCUGAGGAGGGCGUCACGGCCGUUUUACUAUAGAACGGACUUUCGAUAGCAUGCGGACAACUUUCGGCGCUGUGCCCAAGGUGUCGUGUGCAAAUAGCUUGGGCUCAAGUUUUUUUUUUGGCGAGACUAGAGACGAAUUCUGUAUUGUCACUGGAGAUAUUCAUUUAAAAGACGUUUGUCUUGAUAGAGUGCAUUUUCACUGGUUUGGAAGUUUUACUAGUGACUUGACCACUCUGGAGUCAAAAAACGCUAACGAAGCCUCAGGGGCUCCCCCACUCGAAAAUGGAUCAGCCAAUGCGCAAGCAACAGCACACUACAUGCGAAUGGAAUUACGAUUUCUGGGCAACACUGGCGCCGCUGAUCGCCAUCAGAGUACAGGUAGUACUAGGGUAUGGGUCCGGAGGUUAUGGCGUCUGGCCGGAAGGUGCCUCGUUCCAUGCAUCAUACAAAUUCACCAUCUCCAGCGCUCUACCCUCGACGUCCUCCACCCCGACAUUGACAUAAUCAAUCACAAAGCUACGCGAGGGGUCAUCGACGACGGGUUGGUACCGGAUGUUCGUAUUGAGGAUGUGGUUGGGCCUGCGGAUGGGGAUGAUCGGUGUGCGUGUUUUAUCAUGACUCUCGUACGCACUCAUCCUUUUCCUUUACAUAUGCAAUCACUCAUCAUUACACGCCUCAUACAUGUUCACUUUUUGAUUCUCGGUGCUUUUAUCCCUCUCCCUCUCGAAUAAACACCCUCAGUCUUUUGAUCUAGACCGAGCCUCUUCAUUCGUAAGAUAUUUGUGUUUUAUCGGAGAGUUGGUGGGGCGCGGACCUUUAUA